GAGCUUAGAACCGUGUUCCGAUUUUUAGAAUCAGCACGCAACACGCUGACGCGCUGCCUUCGAAAUUACGGCCUGUGGUAGGACAGAACCACGUGCUUUUCGCGGUCGAAUGUUUAGAGAGCGCGAUUUCGAAAAGCUGGUGCCUGUUAAUCAACAAGUGACAAGACCGUUUUAUUUAUUUAAUAAGUAAAAUUCUUCUCUGCUUUUUCAUCGUUCGUGUGACGCUUUUGACAUGUGGAUUUCUGCGCUCAGCCGGCACGGAUUGUGUUCAUCGAAAUGAUUGAUUGAUUUAGUCUGAUCAAGAAUCGUUUGCUAUUGAAGAAUUCUUUUUUUAUGUAUAUAUACAUGACUGUUAUUAUUCCAAAGUGUUGUUGUGACUUUUUUACUUUUCCGAUGGCGAAAAGUUAGCAUGGAGGACAACGACGAAAUGGAUUAGAAUAAAGAAGGGAUAUUGUUUUUAAUGGUCGUUUUCUUCCGUUUUGGAGUAUUAUAGGAAGAAUUUUUCGAAGUUAUUAGUUUGCGUGAUCGUCAAUUGCAUCUGUCAAUAAACCUGUUUAUAUCAACUGUUUUUAAUGUUGCUGAGCAACUGACCAUCGAUUAAAAACUAUGUUUGAAGACCUGUCUGACUCUUUUGUCGGACUGGUGUGAAGAGUUAGGAAGACUCCUUCUUCUUCGACAUCAGAAAGAUACUAGAAAGGAACAGUCCAGCGAGAUGCCCGCGAUGCAUCAGACGAUGCAUAAACCACCUUAUAUGCCUCCCGGCCCUCACAGCUAUUCCUGUUUCAGUGACUCCACGAUGGCGCCACUGGGAUGGCAACAGGCACCGGGGCAGGGGGCCCCUCCGCCACAGGGCCCCCAACAGCAACAACAGCAGCAGCUCUCCGUGGUGACAACAGUGUGGGGCGUCACGACCAGCACACAAAGUGGGCCCAUGGCUCAUGGGGCGUCCUAUGGAGGAACCAACACCACCAUAGCACAAACUCCUUAUUCAGGAUCGCCCCAACAAAACUCCUAUCCAGGUCCAAAGGGUUAUCCGACCGUCAUGAGUGUCCGACAAAAUGGGCCAGGAUAUAAUGGUUAUGGACCAAACCCUUCUAUGUCUGGUGGCAUGCCAGGACCAAUGCCAAAUACUGGUCACAAUUCAGGAAAUGAUUACCAAUCACCACAUUCUGCAUUGAGUACAGCUGCACUUGUAGCGGCUGCAGCUACUGCUACAGCAACGGCAACUGCCAGUGUAGUGGCACUCCAAGAAAGACAACCUCCCGUUAAUAAUCAAUAUGGACAGGUUCCAAAUAUGCAGAAUCCACCAUAUCAACCAGGCCCUGGAUAUGUGCAAGGACACCAACGAAUGCCAACUAAUGCACCAAUGAACAAUAUGAACAAUGGAAUGAGUGCAAACAUGGGAAAUCCUAUGGGCAAUUCUAUGAACAGUUUGCCUAAUCAUAUGAACAGUAAUAUGAUGAAUAUGUCUAAUUCUGUCUCACCAAUGGCAAUGAAUGGACCUAUGGGUAUGAAUUCUAAUACAAUGAAUAAAUCUAUGGCUGGUGUGGGGAACACUGUGCAACCUCCACAUGGACCUAUGUAUGGUAAUAAUUCACCUGGCAUGAUGCCUCAGAAUAGGAAUAGGGUGGCUCCUUAUCCUUCACCACAGCAACAUAUGGCCCAGAAAAGGCCUGCACAGUACAAUCCUAUGGUGCAACAGUAUGGACCUGGUAUGCAACAUUAUGGAGGAGCUCCAAGUGGUCAGCACAAUUUCAAUGCAAAUCAGAAUUUACCUGUACAUUCACAGUAUCCUGGAACUCCUGGAAAUCAAUUUCCUAAACAACAGCCGUACAAUCCCUCAAUGCAACCUCAAGGGAUGGGCAACCCCAACUACCUCACUCAGCAACAGAUGCGGCCAACCAUGAGACCUCAGUCAAAUCCUUAUGUAAAUCAGGGUGGGCAGUAUUAUCCUCAGUCUCAGAUGAAUGGUACGUCUCCUCAUCAGGCACCUGCAUACGAGCAACAAUAUGGUGGACCACAAUAUCCUCAACAAUCUAUGCAACGAAACUUAAAUUAUCAGCCUUCACCUAUCCCUGGAAAUCCUACUCCUCCUUUGACUCCAGCCUCAGGAAUUUCUCCUUAUUUAUCACCUAAUCCUGAUUUAAAGCCCACAUUUCCUGAAAUGAAGCCAUCUCUACCUGCCCAAAAAGAUGAUGAAUUGCGCCUCACUUUCCCAGUUCGUGAUGGUGUCAUCUUAGCCCCAUUCCGUCUUGAGCAUAAUUUAGCUGUGAGCAAUCAUGUCUUUCAUCUUAAGCCAUCUGUACAUCAAACUCUCAUGUGGCGGACAGAUCUGGAAUUGCAGUUGAAAUGUUUUCAUCAUGAAGACAGGCAAAUGAACACUAACUGGCCUGCAUCUGUUCAGGUCUCUGUUAAUGCCACCCCGCUUAGCAUAGAUAGAGGAGAAAACAAGACAUCACACAAGCCAUUAUAUUUAAAAGAGGUGUGUCAGCCAGGGAGAAACACAAUACAAAUUACAGUCACAGCUUGUUGUUGUUCUCACUUGUUCCUGUUGCAACUUGUUCAUCGGCCGACUGUGCGGUCUGUUUUGCAAGGUCUUCUUCGAAAAAGGCUGCUUCCUGCUGACCAUUGUGUCACAAAGAUCAAGAGGAAUUUUACAAGUGUUGCAGCUUCUGCUAGCAAUGCAUUGAAUGGUGAAGAUGGAGUUGAACAAACAGCCAUUAAAGUUUCUCUAAAAUGUCCAAUAACAUUUAAAAGAAUAACAUUACCCGCCAGAGGGCAAGAAUGUAAACACAUACAGGCCUUUGAUUUAGAAUCCUACCUUCAAUUAAACAGUGAAAGAGGUGCUUGGAGGUGUCCAGUAUGCAAUAAACCAGCCCUUUUGGAAGGCCUUGAAGUUGAUCAAUACAUAUGGGGUAUUCUCACCAACUUGGCCAGUACUGAUGUUGAAGAAGUGACGAUAGAUGCGACGGCAAGUUGGAAACCUGUGCCACUAAAAGCCAUUAAAGAGGAGCAUGACAGUUCAGACAUGUGUUCUGCACCAAAACGUUUCAAGGCUAUGUCUCCAAGCAGCAUGACAUUGCCUACAACCAGUACCUGGGAGAUGGGUCAAGGUUUAUCAUCUCCCUAUUCAGCCUUGCCACCAUCAGAUUUGCAAUCAUUAACAAAUGGCCCUAUGUCAAACGGACCCAUUAUGUCAAAUGGUGUGAAUUAUGGGAAUUCAUCCUCUGGCUUUGAUUUCCAUUCCCAAGCUUCAGAUUUUAGCAGUCCUCUUACUCAUUUAAAUGAAAGUGUUGCAUCUCUUGAUCCACUUGCUGCGAUGGAAAAAUCUCUUAUUCAUCAUGAACAGCAAAUGGGUCACCCCAAUCUUCAUGAUCAAACUACUAAUUCAACCCUCCGUCAUCCGCCUCCUGCCAAUGUCCCACGAACUAGCACACCACAUCAAAACCAGCCUGCCACUCCAUCAUCCCAAAGUCAAUCAGUGGUGCAGCAUGGACCUCACACACCACAUACUCCUCAUACUCCACAUACUCCAGGUGGAGGCCCACCCAGUGUCCCUCCUGCUUCAUCACAGAAUAAUGAGAAUGGAAGCCAAAAUACUUCUCACGGUUCAUCAAAUGGAGAGCACUCAUCUUUGUCACAUGCUCCUGAUCUUGGUGAUCUUAAUUUUGAUCCUGCUGCUGUCAUUAAUGGUGAAACACAAGGCCAAGAAGGACUCAAUUUGUUGCCUGAAAGUGUGGAUCCAUUGGAACUACUGUCUUAUCUUGACCCACCUGACCUUGGAGGUCAAAACACUGGGAACAAUAAUUGUGGUGUGACAGCUGUUAGUUCAACUUUGACAACCGUUACCAGCAGUGUUACUACCUCAUCCACAAAUAACAAUAAUGAUGAUCUACUGGCACUGUUUGAAACUUAGUCCAAACAUGUCUUACAGACUACUUAAGGAUUUACUCAAACUGUAUAGGGCUAUUGACUUCUUAUCUUAGGCCAGUUAUUCUCUGUAUUAUGACAGUCACUGCUUGUGUUUUAAACUCCUCAUGAGUCAUUGGGCAUACAGUUUUGUGUAUUAUAGGACAGUGAAAAAAAAUUGAGAAACAAAACAAAGAAAACUACAUAAACUGUAAAUUCAUUAUCUAGAGGACUUCUUAUAACAGUAUUCUUUUUUUUCAUACAAGUAUUAAAGAGCACACAUUGUUGUCUUUGGACACUGUUAAUUGUUCUUUGCCAAAAAGAGAAAAAAAAAAAAAAAAAAGGAAACUGUUGAAUCGACUGUAAAUGCUGUGACUUGAAUCCAUCUUCAUCAACCAAUUUAAGGCUAGCCAGCAUAUUGCAUUUCCAUCAUUCAUGUUAUAUGCAAGUGUUAUUUCAUCCUUCAAAUACUUUUUUUUGAUGGGAUUUUCGGAAGUUAUAGAUAACCCGUUUUGUUCAGCUUGUAGAUACUUGCUGAGUAGAACGCUGGUGUCAACUUUCAUGUAUUAUAUGCGCUAUGAGUUUAGAAAAAAAAGCAAACAAACUUGGUGUAUUUUGAAGUGUUCUUUAUACACAUAUACUAAUAUGUGUUUUACUGCCAUGUUCUAUCUUUACCCUCUUGUUGUCCAUAUUUAUUGUGUGUACAUCUGCAAAAAUGGAAUCAAAAACCUGCUGGGGAUCUCGGUGCAUUGUCUGCGCGAGUCUUUUGCGUUUCUAGCUGUUAUAGGGUACAUGCACUUUCUUAAUAGCAAGAGCACUCGUAAAUAUUUUAUUUUGAUGACAAUAAUUAUUGUAGAUUUUAAGCAGUGUGUAAAAAUGUGUAUAAUAAUUUUUCAUAUUUGUCUAGUUUUUUUUAAUUAGAUAAAGAAAAGUGCAAAUUAAACAAUGUGAAUAAUUAUGAUUUUAAAGAUCCUACAAAUAAAAGAAUAUUCUUUUUGUUAUUUAUUUUUAAAAAUUCGUAACUGUAAUAUAUUUUAUUGCAAUGAUGUUCUAAGAUAUAUUGCAGGUGAACUCUCAAUAUAGUAAUUUCAUAGAAUUGGCAUUUUUGUCAUUUGAUGGUUUAUUAAUUAUUGCUAUUCAGUUAAUCAGAACAAAUGAAGUAUUUAACUAUUAUAAGAUAAUUUACUGAAACAAUCAUUAAGUUAUAUUUUAUUAGCAUAAAAUAGCAAAUAUAAUAGGAUUAACUUUUAAUCAUUUCAAACUAUAAUGAAUGAAGUAGAGUAAUUUUAUAAUGAAAUAAUUCAUUAAUUAUCAUUUAUAAAAAUAAAAUUUAUAUUUUCCUUGUAAAUUUUUUUCUUUGUGUAUUUAAAAAUUUUUUUACAAUAAUUGUUUUGAUAAUAAAAUUUUAGCAUUUAAAAAGCAUAAAUAAUAUUGUUUUUCAUUUGAAUUUGCCGUUACUGUGCAACCUUUAUUAUUUGAUGGAAUUAUUACCUACUCGCAUAUCCACCAUUGAUUUGUCUAUGUAAUCUUUUUUGCGUUGUUAGUAGUUUCUUUCAUCAGGUUGCUGUUUUUAUAUACUUCCGCACUUUUAUACAGCAGUUUCAAAUGUAACUGAUACUCUUUGAAAUUAUUGUUAUGUUGAGAACUAUGAUGAAAACAAAAUCAAUUACCAUUAAAUUAAUUGUUAUAUUGAGAGUUGUAGUGAAACAAAGUCUAUUGUAAAAUAUGAUUGGACUCAUUUCUGAAAUGAAUCAACAUUUUGAUUUAUGUGAUUCAUGUAUAAAUGCUAGAGCCCAUUUUAAAUAACUUCUGAUAGGCCAUUUAGGCUAGUUUCAUGCAGUGCUUUUAAAUUCCUGGCAUUGAUUUUGAGAACGAUGUAUAAAUGCGAACAAAUUCAUACAAAUACUUAAUUUUGACAAUCUUCAUGCUGUACUUAAUUUUUUAAAAAAAAUGUAAGUACUUUUGUCUGUAUUGCAAUGUGAAUGCAAAAUAUGUUUCGUAAUUGAGGCGAAUGGAUUUUUGCCACUUGUCUUAGUGAAGUUAUUAUUGUUUUUACUAUGAUAAUGUAUCCAUGAUAUGAUCUGCUAAUGUUGUUGAAAGUUUAAAGAUGGAUUAAUUUGAUUCAUUUAGAAAAAUUUUUAUAAUGCAUUUUUGAAUAAAAAAAAUGGAAAGAAUUUUUCUAAUGUAAAUUUUUAUACAGUUCUGUACAAUUACUGUUCUUUAUUGGGGGGAGAGAAUGAAGUAUUUUUUACACUUAAAAAAAAAAGCUUGAAAAUUAUUUAAAUCUGUUUUAUUUAUUAAAUUAAGUCUUAAUUAUUUUAGCUGAUAUUUUUCUUUAUGUUCAAUGUAUAUAUUCGUCAGUCACCACUGUUGUGGAAAAAACAUUCUAAUUAUGACUAAUUUAUUGAUUUUAUAUGCAGAAAUUACAGGGAGUUGGCUUAAAAUUGAUUAUAGGGAUUUCAGUUAAAUUGAUUUGGAUUUUUUGAAAUUUAACUAUCCAAAUUAUUAUUUGUUUAUCUAUCCAACGAAAGCUUCUUAAACUAAACAAUAAUCCAUUUUUAUAAAUCGAGAUGUUCUGAAAAAGUGGACAUUUUUAAGGAGAGCAGUAGACAUGGAAUCUGACACUGUAUGUCUUUGGCCAUGUUACACCUUAUUUUGAUAACUAAAUGUGCUAUGGUAUGAUCAAAAGUGGCAUUUUGUACCUUAUAAUUAACUGACCAAGUAAUUAAGAUCAGUUUGAGUAUUUUGGUCCUAUAGAAUAAAAUAGUUAUUUAUUUAAAUUGUGUUGGAAGAUGAAAAAUUAUAUAUAUUAUUAAAGAUUUUUUUUUAAUUUGCAUUUUUUUUAAUGAUUAGAGAACAAACUUCAUUCUCUUCCCCAAGAAAAGGUUACUUUUAUUUUAGAUUGUACUAGGGAGGAAAAAAAAUUCAAUUUCACUCAUGUUAAGUUUUUUUAAAAAAAGCAAAGCACUGGAGAAUAACAAAUAAUCACGCACACACAGUCGCACAAAAGGAUGGUGCUAUGCUGAGCAUUUCAUUUUCGGUCAUUUUUAAAACUCUUUCUGUAUUAACUCUUUUAAAUCAUAUCAUUAAGAAUAGUAUAAAUAGAUUGAUAAGUUUUCUGUAUGGACCUAGCUGUUUUAUAAGGGAAUGAUAUGGUUGAUAUUUUUUUGCUCUUGUGGUGCUGUUAAGUCUUGAAUCGUGUCAAUUUUAUUAAAGGCCUUUUGCCACCAUAAUUAUUUUCUGUUAAAAAGCUAGUUUCCUUCUGUUUAGAAUCUUAAUUGCAUUUUUAAAAAACUUUUUACUAUCCUGCUUAUUUUCAGUUAAAAAUGAUUUUAAAAAUAUGCUAUUUUUUAAAGGCUUCUUAUAUCUCUAAUUAUUUUUAAUUAAAUCUCUGGUUAUUUUAAAUUAUUUUUAAAGAAAAUAUGCUUUUUUAAAGCUUUCUUGUAAUCCCUGGGUAUUUACAGUUAAAAAGGUUUUAAGAAAGCUGCUUGAUGAUUUGUUUUUGUUUGAAUAUUGUAAGUUAUGUUUUAUCUAUAUUUAGUUGUCUAUUUUUUUUUUUCAGUAACUCUGAUUUUGUUACUUCCAUUCCAAUGCAAAAUUCUUGCAUUAUGAAUUGUUUUAAUUAGUAUGUUUCAGUUUAUCAAUAAAAAUAAAUAUCUAAUCAUUGUAUUUUCUGUUGAUAAAUAUCAAACUAAAAUCUUUCUUUAAAUUUUAGUUCUACUAUUUUUACAUUUUUUUUUGUGCAAUAAAAAAUAUUUUUUCGUUUCCUAUCCUUGGUUAUACAAAAAGUAAAAUGUGUACCAUUUUGUAUUAGUAACAUCUAGUGGAGGUGAAACUCAGGGUUUCUAUUAAAUGUCUUUUUGUUAUUUGCUUUUUUUUUUUUUUUGCUCUGUAUGAUUUUAGCAUUUGUGUGCAACAUAUCAUGUAUUAAUGUUUUGCAUGUGUUACUUUGACAAGUGGCAAAACAACACUUAUUGGACCAAAACUUUUCUACCUACAAAACAGAGGUUUUAUGUGAAGGCAGGUUGUAUAGUGGUCUGGUGUAUCAUUACUUGCAAUAGGGGAGAUUACUGUUAAAUGGUUUUUAAUGUGUGCUUCCCUAUCUAAUCUUCAUCUGCUGUACAUAUUGUAGGUAAAUAAUUUGUAUAGUAUUAUAGAAAUGCUUUAAAUGUAACUAAAAUUAUGAUGAACAUCAUACAGGCCCUAAUCAUUGCAAAGAAUGCUUUGCUUUUCUCCAGCUAGAUGCUACUUCAUCUCUUUUAGAAAAUAAAAAUUU